AUGCUCUCAUGCGCGGUGAUCGGCUGCGGCGCCGCAGGGAUGGUGGCAAGCACAACACUGCGCCGAAGUGGGCUGCUUGUGACGUGCUUCGAGCUCGCGGCUGACCCGGGCGGUGUUUGGAACAGUGACACACGCAGCCCAUUUUCUUCGCGUGGCCUCGUGUCCCCGGUGCACCCAACAAUGCGUUGUGUGCUUCCCAAGGAUCUGUUGAGUUUUAGCGACCAGCGCUUUGACUACUCUGUGCCUCAGUUUCCACACCACUCCUCUGUGCGUCGCUAUUUAGAGCAGUACGCCGAGCAGAAAGGUGUGAGGGGGCUCGUGCGCUUUAAUACAAAGGUGCAGUCAGUGCGCUACGACGAGAGGUCUGCUGUCUGGCGCAUCAUCACAGUUAACAUUGUAAAUGGCGAUGUAUUCGAGUGGUCCUUUGACAAGGUGUGUGUCUGCACGGGACAGACACACGAGCCGAGGUACCCAGACGGGAUAAAGGAGCUACUGGCGCCAUACUUGAUAGAUGGAGGCGAGCUGCACCACGCUUCCCAUGUGAAGGACUUUCGCCAAUUCAGAGGAAAACGUGUUGUUGUGGUGGGUGACGGUGUCACGGCAUGUGAUUACUGCUUGGAGCUGCGGCGCUGUGGCGCGGAUGUGCACCACAGUCACAGUGCGGCGGACCGAGUGCUGCUGUGGGACGAGACGGUGGGGCAGCCGUCUGUGCGUAUGAGUCGUGGAGGUGCGAUGCGAGAUGCGGUGGGUGCGGUGCUGCAGUUUCUGUCCCGCACGCCCGGCUGGCGCACGGACGCCACGAAAGGAAGCCGCAUCGUCUCCAGUUGGCUGCGGCUUCGCAACGGCGCGCUGUGGGGUGAAGUGCCGGGCGUCGGUCACCCCAUCACAUGCGAGGGACGGGGCAUUCUCUUUGCAGAUCCACAUGUGCGCACGACAGAUGUUAUUGAUGAGGCUAAGGCACGUUUCUUGGCGCGUGAGGGACACAGCAGCAACAAGAAUAGUGGUGGAAGCGGUACAUUUAUUGACAACGUGGAUGCUGUGAUCUGCGCAACGGGGUACACUACCCGCUACCCGUUUUUGAAUCGCGAAAUGAGGGAUGUGCUGGAGGCUCCGCCACUGCUGCUUCCCCAACACCAACAGCAACGACCUCAACAGAAGCAACGACAACUGAAUCAAUGCGAGGAUUCUGCCACGACGGCUUUGUACCAUCGUGGCCUCUACCUUGGUACCUUGUACGCGCAUAACCCUUCUAUUGCCUUUGUAGGUAUGCAGAAGGAGUUGCUGCCACCUUUUAUGCUCUUUGAGGCGCAAUCAAAGUUUAUCGCGUACGCCUUCACUCAACGCCUGAAACUUCCAACAGACGUGGUGGGUUUGUUGGCGCGUCAGUCCGACCUGAUGAUGCGCUACCCACUGCUUGUCAAUCUGUGUAGUCCACACGGCCUCGGACUGUACUCGGCUGUGUACUACAACACCCUGCAGGAGGAGUUGCAGGUGGGCUCGCGCAACACAUACACUGCCAACAUUAUGGAGCGGCAAAAAUGGCUCCUUUUGACAAGCUUGCUUCGACUCCUUCACAAGACCCGUUCCAUGGCCCCAUUGAAGCGGAAGAAGCAGCACGUUUUGUUCAGCAACGCGGUAUAA